GUGGGUAUAAAAGGGAAGGUAACUGACUGCCUUGGCAAGAACGGGUUCAAGCAGCCAACAGGAAACAUGAGACGAACUUUCCUGGGGCUUCACCUCGCCCUCUUGGUGACCUCCUGCUUCGCCUCCUACGGUAGUGGAGGAGGUGGUGGAGGUGGAGGAGGUGGAGGAGGUGGUGGUGGCGGAUUUGGAGGUGGUGGUGGCGGAUUUGGAGGCGGAGGUGGAGAUAGCCAUGAAAUUGGAGGAGGUUAUUCUGGACCUAUCAUCAGUGGAGGCGGUGGCAGCGGAAUUGGAGGUGGUAGCGGAUUUGGAGGCGGAGGUGCUGGCGGACUUGGAGGCGGAGGUGCUGGCGGAUUUGGAGGCGGAGGAUCCAUAGGAACAGUUAUUCUGCUCCCCGGUAUUGGAGGAGGCGGUGGCGGUGGAUUUGGAGGAGGAGGUGGUGGUGGAGGUGGAGGAGGAGGUGGUGGCGGAUUUGGAGGCGGAGGUGGUGGCGGAUCUGGAGGGGCAACUAUUUCAAAAGCCUACGCUGUUCCUGUCACCACCACCUACAACGCUCCGUCAAUUGGCGGUGGAGGCGGCGGCUUUGGCGGAGGCGGAAGCUUCGGCGGCGGCGGCGGCGGCGGCGGCGGCUUCGGUGGGGGUGGCGACGGUGGAUCUAUAGGAACAAGUUAUUCUGCUCAGAGCAUUGGUGGAGGAGGUGGUGGUGGCGGAUUUGGAGGUGGUGGUGGCGGAUUUGGAGGCGGAGGUGGAUUUGGAGGUGGAGAUAGCCAUGAAAUUGGAGGAGGUUACUCUGGACCUAUCAUCAGUGGAGGCGGCGGUGGCGGAUUUGGAGGCGGAAGUGGUGGCGGAUUUGGAGGCGGAAGUGGUGGUGGAUUUGGAGGCGGAAGUGGUAGUGGAUUUGGAGGCGGAAGUGGUGGCUACACACCUCCUAUAACCACCAGCUACUCUGCUUCGUCAAUAGGCGGUGGAGGCGGCGGCUUUGGCGGAGGCAGCAGCUUCGGCGGUGGCGGCGGCGGCGGCGGCGGAGGAAGCGGCGGCGGCGGCUUCGGUGGGGGUGGCGGCGGUGGAUCUAUAAGAACAAGUUAUUCUGCUCAGAGCAUUGGUGGAGGAGGUGGUGGUGGCGGAUUUGGAGGUGGUGGCGGCGGAUUUGGAGGCGGAGGUGGAUUUGGAGGUGGAGAUAGCCAUGAAAUUGGAGGAGGUUACUCUGGACCUAUCAUCAGUGGAGGCGGCGGUGGCGGAUUUGGAGGCGGAAGUGGUGGUGGAUUUGGAGGCGGAAGUGGUGGUGGAUUUGGAGGCGGAAGUGGUGGUGGAUUUGGAGGCGGAAGUGGUGGUGGAUUUGGAGGCGGAAGUGGUAGUGGAUUUGGAGGCGGAAGUGGUGGCUACACACCUCCUAUACCCACCAGCUACUCUGCUUCGUCAAUAGGCGGUGGUGGUGGCGGCGGCUUUGGCGGAGGCGGCAGUUUCGGCGGAAGUGGAGGAGGCGGCUUCAGUGGAGGUGGCGGCGGUGGAUCAAGCAUGUACGGACGAUAAGCUGCCCACGACCAGAAGAAACCAACACGUGAACGAUGAGAGAUGAGUGUGUGUAGGCCUGAAGUCUCUCUCCAACCUUCUCCACUAUAACACGAAUCUAAAUACAAAAUAAAAAUAUUGUUACUGCUCUGUUUUGAUAUUUAUAUAUAUAAAUACAUAUUUUUUUUCAUAGUAUUUUUUCCACUAUAGUUAUGUUACUUUUACCAACCCUUAGACAUUUUCCUAGUCACCUCUGUUAGAAAACUGUGUGUCGAGGGGUCGGACUGUCUCUUAAACUCUCAUGAAUAAAAGAUUAUAUUCUUUA